CAUUUUAAUGCUCAUCUCAUUAUUAAUCUGUUUCAGACGUUUUGCGUGGUCUCGAAACGGUUUCGAAAGAAUUACAUACACCGUUUCACGGCGACCAGUUCGUUUUUCUUCUUCAGCCCUUUCAGUUCGGUGAGAAGGGCAUGCAUCUACCUGUGUACCAACCAGUACUUCGACUACAUGGUAAUGGCCACCAUUUUGCUCAAUUGCGUCUUCCUAGCCAUGGCCGAAACCAUCGAAGAGGCAGAGUAUAUUUUUUUAGCCAUUUACACGGCUGAAAUGAUAAUAAAAGGUAUCGCGAAAGGAUUUAUAUUAAACAAGUACACGUACCUGCGUAAUCCUUGGAAUUGGCUGGAUUUCGUGGUGAUAACCAGCGGCUACGCCACCAUCGGAGUCGAGGGCGCCAAUCUUGCCGGUCUCAGAACCUUUCGGGUCCUCAGGGCCUUAAAGACAAUCUCUAUCUUACCAGGUAAGCGCAUUACGUUAAAACGGCGUUAUGCGAAAGCACGGUGA